AUGGUCGACUUGCUGCUGGAACUAACAGCCCGCGCUUUCACGGCAACGAGAGGCCAAUUCCUGCUAGGCGCUUCGGUGACGACCCGACAAGCACAGUUGCUGAAUAACUUUCGGUCCGAUAACCCGGACCCGGAGAUGAUUAGACGGCCAAAACGGAGAAGCGAACGUAUUCGCAAGAAGCGGGAAGUUGCAGAGAUCACCAGCGUCGAACCAGGUGACCUCAGCGAGUUCCAGUGGUACAAAUGUGCUACCGGGGUUGACAACAACGUGUAUAUAUUUUUUUUAAUUUCCUCAAUCAAAUUGUAUUUUCUUUUAUUUUUAAUUACAGAUAGCUUGCAAGGUCCCCACGAAAAACGAUUAUUGAACAAUUUGUUGAAUACGUACAACACGCUCGAGCGUCCAGUUGCGAAUGAAUCUGAGUCCCUGGAGGUGAAGUUUGGAUUAACUUUACAGCAAAUCAUAGAUGUGGAUGAGAAGAACCAGAUUCUUACCACAAACGCGUGGUUAAAUUUGGACGAGAAGAAUCAACUACUUAUUACCAAUAUUUGGCUUUCUUUGGAAUGGAACGAUUAUAACUUAAGGUGGAAUGAUUCUGACUUUGGAGGAGUAAGAGAUUUAAGGAUAACACCCAACAAGCUAUGGAAGCCCGAUGUGCUGAUGUACAACAGCGCUGAUGAAGGGUUCGAUGGCACUUACCACACAAACGUUGUGGUGAAAAAUAACGGUAGUUGCUUGUAUGUACCUCCUGGUAUCUUCAAGAGCACGUGUAAAAUAGACAUCACAUGGUUCCCUUUCGACGAUCAACAUUGUGAAAUGAAGUUUGGUAGCUGGACGUAUGACGGCAAUCAGCUUGAUUUGGUGCUGAAUUCGGAUGAUGGAGGUGAUUUAUCGGAUUUUAUCACUAAUGGAGAAUGGUAUUUGAUAGGAAUGCCAGGAAAGAAAAACACUAUAACAUAUCAAUGCUGCCCCGAACCUUAUGUUGAUAUAACAUUCACCAUACAGAUUCGACGGAGAACUUUAUACUAUUUUUUCAAUUUGAUAGUUCCGUGUGUCUUAAUUUCUUCAAUGGCUCUAUUAGGUUUCACGCUACCUCCGGAUUCCGGUGAAAAGCUCACCCUAGGCGUGACAAUUCUUCUAUCACUUACUGUAUUCCUGAACUUAGUGGCGGAGACAUUACCUCAAGUAUCCGAUGCAAUUCCUUUGUUAGGUAGAACAUUUACGUAAUAUUUUUCGUUCAAUGGAAUAUGUUGAUGCCUUUUGUAUGUGUGUGUGUGUGUGUGUGUUUAUAUCACUUACUUCGUGUAUAGUGAGACUGUUAUAUUAAUUUCUCGAUGUUAACAAAAAUAAUAAUUUUGCUAACUUAAUUUGUCAUAGCUUCAGAAUCAUAGAAUAAAAAGUGUCAUUAUUAAAACCUAAUUUUCAAAUGCCAAUGCUAUGAAAUACUUUAAAUAAAAUCUAUACGUGCAUAUGUAUAGAUUUCGCAUGGUUUAAACUAACACUUAUAAUUUUCC